AUGGCUGGGCCUUGUGACUGUGAAGACAUGCCUCCUACGCGGGAGCUCGUCCUCUGCUUCGAUGGGACUGGGAAUACAUUCCGCGCCGAUGGCGAAGAGAGCAACAUCCUCAAGAUCUUCCGUAUGCUGGACCGUACUAAGGAGAAACGAUCCGGCAUAGGAACAGAUAUCACCCCAGGCGCAUUCGCCAACCUCGCCUUCCGCCCCUUCAGCAACCUCCCAACUCACAAAAUCUUCGACCAAGCCCUCGCCACCUCCUUCGACCAACACGUCAUCCGCGGCUACCGCUUCCUCGCCCGCCGCUGGCAACCCGGCGCCAAGAUCUACCUGUUCGGCUUCUCGCGCGGCGCCUACACCGCACGCUUCCUCAACGAAAUGCUCGACUUCGUGGGCCUCAUCUCCGCCGACAACGAAGAGCUCAUCCCCUUCGUAUGGGAAGCCUUCACGCAGUGGAAAUUCGCCGACCCGGGUCCCGAGCGUCGCGCAGCCGAACGCUGUCUCCGCAUCUCGCGCGACACCAUGUGUCGCUCUGUUGGCUUUGUGCAGUUCCUAGGCCUCUUCGACACCGUCAACAGCGUUGCGGAAUUCAACCGCGACGAGUCCAAGGACCAGCAGAUCCAGCCUAACCCGCGCAUCAUGCGCCACGCCGUCAGCAUCGACGAGCGUCGCAUCAAGUUUCAGCCUGUGCUCUUCGGGGACGCCCAUCUCCAGAAACAUACCAAUCGCGCCCCCAAGCGGGUCAGCACGUGGGCCGCGCACGGGGAAGAAGCCCUCGCCGCCAAAGACCGCGACAGAGUCUCGGCCUGCGGCCACGACAGUCCCAUCCGCACGCUCUCACCCUCCCAGCGGAACGACGACUUCGAGGAGGUGUAUUUCGCAGGCGACCACUCCGACGUUGGAGGCGGCCGCCAGCAAGGCCCCGAAGACGUCCCCGCCAGCCAGAUCCCGCUCAUGUGGAUGGUGCAGGAGGCGAUCCUGGCAGGACUGACCUUUGACCCGGACCAGCUGGCGCGGUUGGGGUGCUUCGACCCGCAGACGCAGCGGGCCGACCCGAAGAUCGUGCAGGCUGCGACUGCGGCGGAGGUGCACGAUUCGCUCGACUACGACGGCGGCAAGGGGCUUGAGACGCUGUUUUGGCGCAUCAUGGAAUUCUUCCCAUUUAAACGGCCGAAGAUUACCCCCGAUGGGUCGGUGGCCAUGACGCGCUGGCAUACGCGCGGUCUGCGUCGGCCGCUGCCGGAGGGGGCGCGCAUUCACGGGAGUGUCAUUGAGCGACUCCGUCGAGAUCGCGAGUAUAGGCCUUAUAACUUGGGUUUGGGGCAGAAGGUCACCGAGAAGCAGGGGCAGAUGGCGAACCGUGAUAUCGGACGGUGGAGACAUGUGGAGCAUGCGGGGAUGUGCGAUUACUGGGUGCGGGUGAGGGGGACGGAUGCACAGGAUGAUACUGUACGGUCGCGGGAUAUGUGUGAGGAUUGUUAG